GAUCCCCAGAACGAUCAGUACAUAGCACACCUCAUGGACUAUUUUCACAUAUGCCUUGAGAGCGUACGGAGGCUGUCCGUUGGCAAAACGAAGCAUUUGAUGCUGAAAGCUCUGGCGGACACUCUGGGCGGUUACUUGCGGGUCUACAUCCUCCCCAUCACAAGACACUCGUAUUACGCGGGUAACAUCAAGUAUCGUAACGCGAGGAUGCUGUUUGAGCUCUUCGACGAGCUGAAGGUCUUUCUACAGACAAACGGUGCCAGUUGGUCGAAGCCCAGCCAAGAUCUUCCAAAUAUCAGGAUUCCACCCAUCAUAAUUACACCACCGAAAACGUCGUUUGCCUGUAAUGGGCUUAUCACGUAUUCGGCGUGCUAUGGUAACGAAGCUACGGCGAACGAAGUCACAAUACCCCUCCCGUUCCUCGAUAAUGAAGCGGAGCCAAACAGCAUCGCGCUGCCCUUCAAAACCGAUAGCCUGCAAUCAUUGUACUCGGAAAAGUCGGCUUUUGCCCUCGUGAAGUACUACAUCGCCAGCGUCAAGUGCAUCACUUCGCGAUCAAGCACAAAAACGCGGCUGCGAAAGUUCAAUAAGGACUUCUAUACCUGGUUGCAACAAUCUGUGCGCCGACACCUGGACGACGAGAAAUGGUAUCCAGCAUUCGGUGGUGUCCUCCGAGUACUGGCUACCUUGCGAGAAUCGGAUAUCGGCGGCGAUAUUAUGAAGAGCAGAACAAGCGGUACUUAUCAAGUUAUGCCUAAAGUAGGUACGGGACGUACGAGUCAGACGGACGAGAGUGGAUCGUCGCUUUACAAAGGAAAAGGAGAAAACAGUACAACGACACUUGGACCUACAGAGCUCGUGAUUAUAGCAGUGUUAUCCGUACUGAUGAUGUGGUUAUUGGUGGGAUUGAGCUUAGUGUGCUACAGAUUUCUCACCAAGCCCUCCGAGGGCUGUCCACCCUGCGAAUCAAAGGCUACACCAUUCGCGGUUCUCUACGAGAAUGCGGACUACUGCCAACCAGAUACGUGCCCCUCGAAGCCGUUGCGUAAGGGAGUGGUUGAAAAAUUAAAGGAAUGGUGGAGAGAUAGGUUUGGACGGUGCCCAGGGGGAUGCCAGGAGCACGCGGACGAGGAACGUUGCUUGGCCGCGAUGAGUUACAGCAGCAAAGACGUCGUCAGCGAUAGCAGCAGAAUUUAUCCGUGGGCGUGUCUUUUUACGUUAAUUACGUUGCUCUGCUAG